AUGAGGAUUCGGAUCAGAGGACCUUCUGGCACAUCGUCAACUGCAACUCUUGAUGAUACGGCAACCGUCGAAACUCUCCGCAAGACAAUUGCCACAGAAACGUCGCUAUCAUCUUUUGAUGUGAAAUUCGGAUAUCCGCCCAAGUCUUUGAACCUCGACCAAUUCCCACCCUCCAAGCCUCUUUCGGAAUUAGAUGUAAAACUCAACGGAGAACAGCUGAUUAUCAAUAAUGUCGAAACAGCUGCCCAGAAGGGACCAACUCAACAGACUUCGCCGGGCCCAACAAAUAUAGCAGGACAUUCAGGGGAUAAGAAUACUUCCUCUACCACAUCCUCGUCAAAGCCCGCCGUGAAAUCCGAGCGGACAUCAGCAGCACCGUUAUCAUUGUCCCGGAAGGAAAAUAUAGAGAUGGCCGAUCCACCUGAGAUAUUUCUUCCCAAUCUAGGAGGUAGUUUAGUCCUCCGCAUCAUGCCAGAUGACAACUCGUGCCUCUUCCGAGCCGUCGCUAGCGCGGUCAUGUCGGACAUGGAUACCAUGACUGAAUUGAGAUCCAUCGUCGCCCAGACCAUCCAAGGAAAUCCGCAAAAAUACACAAGAGCGAUUCUUGACAACAAGGAUCCAGAUGCAUAUUGUCGAUGGAUUCAGACCGAAGACGCCUGGGGCGGUCAAAUCGAGCUGGAUAUCCUCAGUCAGCAGUUUGAUAUCGAGAUUUGCAGUAUUGAUGUACAGAGUCUCCGAGUCGACAGAUACAACGAAGGUGCACCACGACGCUGUUUCAUUGUAUAUUCUGGGAUUCACUACGACACCAUUGCCUUGAGUUUAUUUGGUACGGCGCCGGAAGACGAUGUCAAGCAAUUUGAACAACCAUUGUCCGACGAAGUCCUUCCCCAGGCCGUGGCUUUAUGUCGGAAGCUCCAAGCAAGACAUUACUACACCGACACCGCUGGGUUCAAGCUAAAGUGUGGAGAUUGCGGCGCGACUUGUAUUGGAGAGGCUGGAGCCACACAACAUGCACAACAGACUGGGCAUUAUAAUUUCGGGGAAGCCUCAUAA